GGGAGGCAGGCAGGGCCAAGAUGGCGGCGCCCUGUGGGCUAGAGGAUCCCCGAGUGGUAAACAGCUGAGUUAGAGAGAAGGAGGAUGGUCAUGAAAGGUGCCAGAUUGACAGCACUGGAAACUGGACUCCUACUUGUCCACAGAACAGAAGAGCAGGCAUAACACUGUAUUGCUGUUCCCAAUGCUGGGAGCAAAGAGUAAAGAAAGAUGCAACAACAGCAGUUCGGACUUCAUCCUGUUGCUGUAGACCCAUGCACUCUCUCAUUACCUUUGUAUUUGAGAAUGAGACAGGAUUAAAUGUUUAAGAUACAGUCAUUUUCCUGAUGAAUGUUGGAGGAUUUGGAUCAAAAUGAAGAUGACUUUGGUCUCCUUGUUCCAGCUGUGGUCUUCUCCUUGCUGUUGGUUUGGCUCUUGACUUCAAGAUAACAGAGCAAGGCUGGUAGGGGUAUCAAUGAGGAACCUGAAGAAGUUUUAACUUGCAUAUUCACAUAACACGUGUAUAAGCCUGUAGUAGUAAACAGAAUGGCCCAGCAAGCAAAUAUUGGUGAGCUCUUCUCUAUGUUGGAUUCUUCAGUUCUGCUUGUCCAGGAAGAUAUAACAGCUGUCUUCAAAGAUAACCUCAACUCUGAUCGUGGACCGAUGCUUGUGAAUAUGCUAGUAGAUUACUACUUGGAAAACAAUUCUCAGCAGGCAUUGCAGAUCCUGUCCACGCUGCAAGAACCUCAUGACAAGCACCUAUUGGACAAAAUUAAUGAAUAUAUGGGCAAAGCUGCUACCCGUUUACAUACUCUCUCACUGUUGGGUCAUGUGAUAAGACGACAGCCAUCUUGGAAACAUAAACUUUCUCAAGCACCUCUCCUGCUUUCUUUACUGAAGUGUCUUAAGACUGACACAGAUGUAGUGGUACUCACUACUGGUGUUCUAGUGUUAAUAACCAUGCUGCCAAUGAUUCCACAAUCUGGCAAAAUGUACCUUCAUGAUUUCUUUGGUAUAUUUGGCCGUCUCUCAUCCUGGUGCUUGAAGAAUCCAGGUCAUGUGGCAGAGAUCUAUCUCGUCCAUCUCCAUGCCAGUGUUUAUGCUCUCUUUCACCGCCUUUAUGGAAUGUAUCCUUGCAACUUUGUCUCCUUUCUGCGCUCUCACUACAGUAUGAAGGAAAACUUGGAGACUUUUGAAGAGGUGGUCAAGCCAAUGAUGGAACAUGUACGAAUUCAUCCAGAAUUAGUGACUGGAUCCAAGGACCAUGAACUGGACCCACGAAGGUGGAAAAGACUAGAAACUCAUGAUGUUGUGAUAGAAUGUGCCAAAAUCUCCCUGGACCCAAAAGAAGCCUCAUAUGAAGACAGCUAUUACUCGGUGUCUCAGCCAGUCAGCAUAUGCUUGCAGCGUCGUCAAAUUGACCCCAAUGCCAGUCCUUAUAUUGAGACACACAUCAGCUACGGGACUUCCACUUCCACCCCUUAUUCCACUCCUAGGCUAACUCUAUCACAAAUGCAAGGGCAACUACCUCAGAUUCUGAGCCCACAGUCUACGCGGCUGUCAACUGAGCCACAGCAGGUUACCAUCUGGAGCCCCUCUGCAGUUUGUGGUAUGACCACUCCACCAACCUCUCCAGGAAUUGUCUCGUCGGAGUCCUCACAAACUUCAUCACAGCCUUAUAGCAAAUAUUUUAGCACACCUGGUGGAAAAGGAACCCCUCUAGGAACACCUGCCACCUCCCCUCCUCCACCCUGCAUUUCAGAUGACUUUGUGCAUGUUUCACUCCCUUCAGCUGCUGCCACACCUCCCAAGAAGGAGGACAAACUGGAUCCUGGGAGGCCUUUGCUGUCCCGACAGCAAAAUGUCAUAAACAGCGAGAAAGCGUUGGAAGUGCCUGGCAGUAAAAGUUCUGUAAAUUUAAGUGAUCUUCCAGAAUUUUUAGGUUGCCUGGCCUCUGAUGAAGAUAGUGUUGAGAAGGACAGAGAAGAAGAUGCAAUAUCAAAAGAGAUCUCUGAGAUCACUACAGCAGAUGCUGAGCCCGUGGUGCCUAGAGGAGGAUUUGACUCUCCUUUUUACCGCACAAGUGAGAGUUUAGCAGCCUCUCAAAAGAAGCCCCUUUCAGUAGCCUCCAGUGUUCAAGGACACAGUCUGAGCUCUGAACCGUUAGCCUCGUCUCUGGACAAAUCUGGGCCUGAGGGUGCACGAGACACACCUAAACAAGCAUUUACUCCCAUUGACAGGCCCUGUGGAGCCUCUGAUGAAAGCCCUGCUGGUAACAGGGUAGGCCAAUCCUCUAUGGAGACCAGUAUCCUCACUCCCAGCCCUUGCAAAGUACCAGCACGGAGAAGAAUGGGGUUUGGGAGCGGGCAGCCUCCCUCAUAUGAGCAUCUUUUUGAGGUUGCAUUACCAAAGACCGCCUACCUCUUUGUGAGCAAGAAGACUGAGGAGCUGCUAAAGAAAGUCAAGGGAAACCAGGAUGAAGACUGCACAUCCUCCACCUCUCCAAUGGAAGUACUGGAUAGACUGAUACAGCAAGGAGCAGAUGCACAUACCAAGGAGCUCAACAAAUUGCCUCUGCCAAGCAAAUCUGCUGACUGGACUCACUUUGGAGGUUCUCCCCCUUCAGAUGAGAUUCACACCCUGCGUAACCAGCUGCUUUUGCUACACAAUCAGUUAUUGUAUGAGCGCUUCAAAAGGCAACAACAUGCCCUUCGGAACCGGCGACUCCUGAGGAAAGUGAUCAAAGCAACAGCACUGGAGGAACAUAAUGCUGCCAUGAAAGAUCAGCUGAAACUACAGGAGAAAGAUAUCCAGUCCUUGAAGCUUAGUUUGCAGAAGGAGCAGGCCAGGUACCACCAGUUUCAGGAAGAACAUGAUAAUAUAGUGGCUCAGCUUCACAGCCAGAUCCGACAGCUGCAACAUGACAGGGAAGAAUUCUACAACCAGAGCCAGGAAUUGCAGACCAAGCUGAAGGACUGUAGGAAUAUGAUUGCAAAUUUGAGGUUAGAAUUAAAGAAAGCCAACAACAAGGUGUGUCACACAGAGUUGCUUCUCAGCCAAGUUUCUCAGAAGCUUUCCAACAGCGAGUCAGUCCAGCAGCAGAUGGAGUUCUUGAAUAGGCAACUUCUGGUUCUUGGGGAGGUCAAUGAGUUGUACUUGGAACAGCUGCAGCACAAGCAUGCAGACACGACAAAGGAAGUGGAAAUGAUGCAGGCUGCCUUUCGGAAAGAACUGGAGAAAGCAAAAUUCUGUGUUCAACAGCAAAGCCAGAGGCUUGAUGCCUUCCAGAAGCGGAUAGUUGAACUGGAGUCUCAGCUUUCUAAGAAAGAUCACCUGUUACUGGAGCAAAAGAAAUAUCUGGAGGAUGUCAAAAUCCAAGCAAGAGGCCAGCUGCAAGCGGUAGAGAGCAGAUACAAAGCCCAGAAAAGAAUUACACAGGCGUUUGAGCUGGAGAUUUUAGAUCUAUAUGGCCGAUGGGAGAAGGAUAGCCUAUCGAAAAAACUUGACGAUGAAAAAACGGAAGCAGCUGAAGCAGCAGAAGAAAGGAUGGAUUGUAGUAGUGAAGGUUUUGCAGACUCUGUGGCAGGAUACAGUGAAGAAGCAGUUGGUAGAAAUGGAGAGACCAAACCUCCGAGCACCCGGGGUAGUAGUAACAGUAAAGGCGGCAGCAGCAGUGAGCUAUCCACCCCAGAAAAAUCCCAGAACCAGAGGAUGGGUCAGUUCAGCAGUCGCUGGGAAGCAUCCAUGUUGCUGGAGCCUUCCACUAGUGUCCCACUAACUGUAGGCUCACUCCCCAGCUCCACAAGCUUUCUUGGAAUGAAGGUGCGUGAAUUAUUCCGCAACAAGAGCGAGAGCCAGUGUGAUGAGGAGAGUAUGACCAUCAACAGUCUUUCUGACACUCUAAAGAGUGAACUAUGUAAAGAUCCAAGCAUGGUGGAGGCAAAGGCUCCUUCAAGUCCCAUCAACCCCAGCCCCUCACCCAUGAACCAAGAUUGCAGUGUUGGACAGCUUCAUAUCAUGGACUACAAUGAAACUCACCAUGACCACAGUUAAAAAGGAAGAUAGUCAAUCAGUGUUAUUUUCAUAUUCUUGGCAUAGAACAGGAGGCGCGAAUGCAAGUUUAACUAAAAGCUUUUAUGUUUCAUUAGUCUGAGCAGCUAGCUCCUGCAGUGGAAACAGGAGUGAUGUCUUUUUACAUAAGAUGACUGCUGAAUGAAUGCAAAAUGGAUUUAGGGUCUGGAACGGUAAUGCCCAACCUAACUUUCUUUUGCUUCUCUCUCAAAUCCUGUCAUUAGCAGUGUGUACUAAUUUGAAGGGGCAACUUUUAGCAUUUAUAAGUAUUCCCCUCCCCCCCCCAGUGAGUGGUUGCAUCCUAUGAACUUGAGUGCAAUAUGAGGCCAAAUUAACCUUUGUGAAUCUACCUAUGAAUGCUUAGUGCUUUACUUAGCUGAAAUAUCUUAGCAAACUUACAAUUUAGAACAGUUAAUUCUGUUGCCCUUGCAGAUAACUUUGGUUAUGUUCUUCAUGAAAGAAGCAAAACCAGAGUUUCUAGUGCAUUCAUCUGAAGGUCUUUAUUUUGCCUGUUUGUUUCCUCCCAACUCUGGUCUUUGUUAAAUUGGACUAUAGUCAAGUGACUGAAUGCUUAAAGAACAACACACAUCUGCAAACUGAUGUUGCAUUCACCCGAAUUCAUAAUCAUUGUUUCUUUUGUCCUUAACAUUUCCUGGAAAAUUAUGUGUGAACAAAUGUCCUUCCUCAAGGAACUGCAAACUAUUUGCUGAGGUCUCGUUAAAACAGUCUUGCUUCUGAUUUUUUUUUCUUGGGUGGGUAAGGGGAAUGUUCAUUGUUUGUUUGAAAAACUGGUACUUGUCUGACCUUAAAUUGUUGCAUGAGUGGAGGUGGUGGUGAGAACUGAAUACUUAGUGCAAGGAGAUCCAGACAAGGACAGUAUGUAGAGAUUUUGUGUAAAGUGGCAGGUUCACCAAAGCUUCCAAGUGAGCAUUUUGAAGAAGAUUCUGCAAAUGUUUCUCUAAGCUGGGAGACAGUGGUGCUGCCUGGACUCUUUUUUCAUUGUGAUCUUUGUCCAGGUUGACCAAGACAGACUCAUUCGGGGUUGAAGAAUCUCAAACAUUCUUCUUCACAGGAAUAGUUUAUACGAUUCCAGGCUUGAAUCAAGAACCAUUGGAUAAACUCCCAAAGGAAGUCCUCCCUCCAAUGCUAUUGCUCUCUUGGAUACAGACAUCAUGGCAGUCCAAUUUGUGGCUACCUAGUUUUUCCUUUUCUCUCUCUAUCCUUCCCCUACACUCUCCCAAGCAACUGAGCUUGCUGUUAGGUCAGUGUAUGUAGCUCAAAAUAAUAUACUGGACCCAAUCCUGAAGCCUUCCCAUCUUUAUUAUUCCCAUUGAAGUCAAUGGGGAGCCUUGCAUGCUGAAGGACUUUGGGAUAGGGAUUUAUGUCAGUCAUCAAACUCUCUGGUUUCCUUCCUGUCAGAACAGAGAUCCAUUAUUAGGAAAGAGAGAAUAGUUCAUUUGUGCGUGACUCUGAUAUGUCUGGGUCCAGGAUCACUUAGUCUGUAAUAGGACCUUUUCAAGCUUCAGAGCCACGCUGCCCCAGUGUUCAUUUUGUUCCUACUUUUACAGAUGAUGUCCUUUUUUCCUUAAACAGUCUACAGGGAUGGUGGUAAGAAUCUUCCGAAAGGUAACUACACUUGUACUCUGUUUUUCUAGCUUGACCUAAUCUAAGUAGGGAUAGAACUGAUCAAAGCAGGCUGGCAUUCUGCUAACCUGAAAACUGAGCUGCUGUGAUUUCUUUCCCUCACCCCCACCCCGCCCCCCAUUGCCCAACCAGACAAUAUCUUCCCUUCCAUUCCACCUCUCCCUUAACACCUGUGGUCUGUAUACAUUUCUGCCUGUCAGCCAGUCCUGACUCCGAAAGUAAAGGUGAACUUUGGUGGUUUUUUCAAAGUUUGAACCUGUACAGAAUAGGAAAUAGUAUCACUUACAAGUGACAUUGACUGGUUUCAUUGACACGUCUAUAGGUUUUCUAAGAUUUGGUGGUAGUUGCAAUAGCAAAUGAGUAAAGACUCAAAGGCUUCAUAUACCACUCACCCAGAAGUGAAGUUUGCACAUUUCCCCUAACAGGGCUAGCUCAGCUAUUGGAUACAAUUCUGUGACGGGAAUCA